AAUAGUAUGUAAUAUAGAAUACAUAUUGAGUAAAUGCCAAUCAAAUAAUUUACUUUUGAAACGGCAUAUGUCAUUUUAGCAGCAAGCUGGUUAAAGUUGUUAGCUGGUUAUCCAUUCGUAGGCUUUCAGUUUUUAGCUAACGUUAGCUAGCUAGUUAGUAGCUUGCUGGGUCAACUAGCUGCUGGUCACUUUGUUACUACCUCGUAAUUCAACGACAGUACGAUGUAAGCUAUAGCAGCCAGCUAGCCUAGUAUAACCAGAUUCCAGCAAAUAAAUAAUUAUAUUCUGUUUCCCCCCCCAUAGAAACCAGCAAUCAAUGGAGCAUUUUGAAAUGAUCAGAUCGUGGUUGCAUAUACCUAGCUAGUUUACUUCAGUGGCUCCAGUUGACAUUCCUCUACAAAUCGUAAAAAAACGAUCGUGAAAAAACAUGUUUACCCCGUCAAGAUACAACAGAGAAUCAACUUAUUUUCAUGAAGAAGACCCAGUUGGUAGAGACCGAAUUAUUUUCCCUGCAUUGAAGGCUUUUAGGACAAGCGAGGUGAUAUCCAGGGAACUCGAAAGCCCAGCCAAGGUAUUUGCGAGGAUGAAAGCUAGAGUACAGGUUGAGAACGAGAGGACCAAAACGCCUAACCCCGUGAGAGAAAAGCGAAUCCAAGAAGAACAUGGUGGAGUAAUGAGCUCGCCUAGAAAACGACAUCAGCAUUUGGUGAACUAUGAACAAAAGGAAACCGAGGACCUUGAAUUCACUUAUGAUGCAGAGCCUCUGACCCUUUCACCUUUUCAAUCGCCAAGCCAGGAUUUGACACAUUCACACUUUAUGGUCCACCCACAAGACCUUCAACGACAGUCACCGUUGAAAGACAUGGGUAGUAGUGCGUUCAAGCCAACCAACAUAAAUGCACAAAAGCAAGGCCCAGCUCUGGAUACUUUCUCACCAAAGUCCCAAAGGAAAGCUUUGUCAUACCCGCACACUCUGCUCAGCUCAAAUGACACCCAACGACCAGCACCCCUCAAAGACUUCAAAAGUGCCUCCCAGACAACCAACAUAACUACACCAGUGAAAAGGUUAAAGUCAAUGGAAGAUUGCAAUGGAAAAUUUAAAUUUGGGGCACACAACAUUGCACACGAUGAAUCAGUUUUCAGGUCCAAAGUUGUUUUGGAUGGACUGCCAUGCCUGGAUUCUAGAGCAAAUACGUUUGCUCUUCUGAAAGAGAGAAGACGAAAAAGGGACCAACAAGACUGUUAUCAAGAGAGCAGCCGGCAGGAUCCCAUGACAGGAUGUGAGCGCAGCAUGUCGACCCGUGCACAACCCACAGUGGGCACCGGAGAGGACGCCAGUGUGAACGUGACCAGUAGUGUGCCCACAGGUCUAUCAGAGACCAGCAUUCCGUCUAGGCCAGAUGCCGGCCUUAGUCAGUGUGACUUUUACCAUGACGAGCCUCCCCCCAGGCCCUUCCCAGACCUGGUGCACGACCCCCUCCUGCAGGUCUCACCGAAGAUCUCCAUCCCAAAGAAGCAGGGGGCUGUAUUCCGAGCCAAGCACAUAGCAGAGUCCACUGGAUCCAAUGUUACAGGGAUUCACCUUAGACACUGGGUCUUGAAGAGUAGGAACGACAGGUUUUAUGUGGAUGGUGUCCGUGAGGAUAACAAGAUGCCCUGGCACAGCAACCUCAUCGCAAAGAGAAUCUCAACCACACACCUGAAGACUGCUUCUGGCAGCAUUUACAUCCUGGUGGGAAAGAUGGCCCCGGAUUUCAGCGGAACUCAACUCCCAAAAUGGCUGUUGCAGAAGUUUCUCUUUGGCUUCCCAACGGAUUGGAAGAAAUACCUUGAGCUCUUUUUGUCAGAGCCGAAAGGUUCAGAAGGUGAAAAGGGGAGCAAGGGCCUGAUAACACCCUGGAACCAAAACCACCUCUCCACCAAGACGCAGGACAACACAUUCCAAAAGCCAAAUGCCACUAGGGGAUCUGCUCGUUGCUGUGCCACCAGUGCGGUGAACAGUGCUAAUGUUUCCCGGAGUGGCCGCCUUAUCAAACCUCCUCUGGAGUACUGGAAAGGGGCCAGAGUCAUCUUGGAUUCCGACAUGAACGUCACCAUUCAUGGGGGUUAUGACGAUUCGUCUAUGCUUUACUCUCAAGUCAGCACACCUGUAGCCAGAGUACUGUUAGACGGACCACCAAAACCGGCCAAGGUUUUCUUACCUCCAGCGGAAGAGCGGCUGCGAGGUGACACUAGUGAAGAGGAGACUAUGCCUCUGAGAAAGGUGAAGGCUUAUCCCCGGCCUUCGAGGUCAAAGCCAGAGGAUAAGUCAUCUCACAUGGCCCACGUGUCUCGGCGGUGUAAGGCUGAAGACAACGUCCUUUCCAGGGUCCCCAAAAGGCCCAAGAACGCCAGCCGAGAGCCUCACAGGUCCAUGUCUUUGGAGAACCCCUCUCACAGGUACCGAGGAAGACCCAAUGAAGCAAGUCCAAACUCUCAGUGGUCUAAGCCUGAGAACCCCUCCACCAAGGGUCCGGGCAGGCCCAAGAGGGUCAGCCCAGCAUCUCAGAGGUCCAAGUCUGAAGUGAUCCUCUCUCCCAAGCUCCGGGGUCGGCCCAGGAAGACCGGCCAAAGAUCUUGGAGUGCAACGGCGCCUGCCGCGUAUGCAGACCGUGCCCCACAAUCCCCUCCACGUCUCUAUCUCCGGGGUGCUAACGAACAGCACAGCGAUGACUCGGACAACGCCAAUACAUCCUCAGAGCUGUUACCAGUGAAACAAGUCAAUCAUUCAGAAAAAGUAGACCCUCCGAGAGUGCUUGAUUUGCCAAAGAAGAAGGUCAGUCGUCAGAUGCUCCCAGCGAAACUCCUGGAUGACAUUGUGAAAGAUACGGGGAAACCUGCGACCACAACGACCUACCCACGGAAGCUGACGCGGAAUAGGAACGUUCAUUAUUUUAGUCACAGUACUGACACAGAGUCCCAGUCUGACGACUUCACACAGAAGAAAAAGACCAAGGCAGUCAAAACGGGACCCGUAAAGUCACGGGGUACGAGAACACGUGGAAGGGUUCUGGAAGAUUCUCAGACAUCAUCGGGUGGUUCGUCGACUUCCCAGGACAACUGUAAGAAGAAAUUGAGUAAAAGGGACAGUCCACUGACACUGAGAGGAAAAGGCAGCAAGUUCCUCAGGGUUCAGCAGAGAGAAAAGGAAGAAAAUGGAGAUCAGUGGACAGAGGCAGAACUGUUGAGACUACAUGAGGCUGUGACGUCACUUCCUAAACACACUUCUGACUUCUGGGUGAACGUUGCCAUGGAGGUGGGCAGCCAUUCAGCUGAGGACUGCCAGAAGCAGUACAAUGCCCAGGCCCCCACUUUCUUGGCACCUUCCAAGGCCACCAAGAAAAGAAACCUGCAGAAGAAGGAGCCAUUGGUGGAACCACCCCGGAUAACUGCAAGGAAGGGCACGCUGAAGCGGAAGCAGCAGGUGCGAAACCUCCUGGACCACAUGCCCAAAGACGACCACGAUGACAUCUUCAACAGCUCGCCCAUGCAGAACAAGCGGGUGAAGUUGCCCACAGUGUCUCCCAAUGGAAAAGAAGAUGUGUUCAUGGACUCUGAGCAUGACCCACAAACCCCCAGCUCAUCAAGAUUCCCAUCAGUAAAAACUCCUCAGUGUCUCCACAUCACCCCCGGCAUGAUGGGCUCUGUGAACAGAGACAACGAUGACAGGUAUAUCUACCAACUUCAAAAAAGAAUGAAAAAAGGCCAAGUGAAGCUGCACAAAUUGGGGGCUGCUUCAAAGUACAUGCCAACUCCAUCAGCCAAACGUGUUUUGAAGAGAUGCAAUACCGCGGAGAAUGAUUCUUUUGUGGUGUGGGAAAUGUUCCCUGACAAGGAGGACCAUUCAGGGGAAAGUGGGGAAGAAGAGGAUUAUUAUUUUAUGGAUGAUGACUGAGCUGCAGAUUCACCAUGGGUCUCUUCACUAGACUCCAAGCAGGCCGAAAAGGGGAGGGACCUACCUGAGUUUAUCUAAUAAGAAAUGCUAGUUUUCCUUGCAAAACGUUUAGCUAUCGUUUGUACUAAUGAAUACACCCUGUUUGGAUUAUUAUUAUUAUUUUAAAACAGGAAAUUAAAUGCUGUAACAUUGUCAGAAGUUAUACAUACACUGUAUAGUUGUCAAUUACGUUCUGUGAUUCAAACCCCAUUGCUGUUUUAAAAUGUGUUUAAAAUGUUUUGUUUAUAUAUUGUGCCACUAAAUGCAGAGGCUUUUUACAAUAAAUGUUAACUCUAGUUCUUUGCACGACUCCAA